AAACGUUCCGGGGCGCAGCUUGCUCUAGAAUUCAGUACUGGGACAACAGAAAGACCUUGGAGGGUUCUGCCCCAAAAUCACCACACAAAUGGGCUCCGUCGCCUAACACAUACCCCACCAAACGUCGAACAACUGCCAUUCUGAAUUGAAUUGCUACGUUUUGAACAUCAGGGAAUCCAGAUAUUAAAGUGUUUAUUUGUAGUACGAAUAUCAUUUUCCAUCAAAGAAUAUCAAGGCAAAUUUCCUCAUCCCCCACUGGGUUGUCGUGAGCUAGAGCGAGGGUUUCCAUCUUCUCCACGUUUGACACUUGAAGGCUGGGAGAAAUGGCAGCAAUUCCAUCCAGUGGCUCCCUCGUUGCAACCCAUGACUACUACCGUAGGCGCAUAGGAUCAACAUCCAGUAACAGUUCGUGUGGCAGUUCGGAGUAUUCUGGGGAAGUUAUUCCACACCACCCAGGUCUACCCAGGCAAGAUUCAGGCCACUGGUGGUCCACUUUCUUUUUUGGAAAACAGAAUCAGACAGUUGUUCCUAAUGGAGUCGAUGCCCAACAGAAAACUGGAACCUAUACCAUGGCUAAUGGCCAGGUGACUUGCAUUGCCCAGAAGAUGGUGGUGAAGAAGAAACCAAGUGAGAGCAGUGACUCUGGGAAGCAAGAACACACUACCCCCCCUGCUUCCUAACCCCCACCCCUCCUAAACCCACCUCUAAACCUCCACCUCUAACCCUCCACCUCUAAACUUCCACCUCUAACCCUCCUCCUGGAGUGACCAUGAGUAGGUGCAGGCGUCGGAGGCUCCAUCUUCCUUCCUUUUUUUACUUUUUUUUUUUUUUUUUUUAUGUUUAGUAGAUCUGGCUGCUUUUAUGUUGUGUUUUUAAUGCCACCGCGUUUUGAUGACCAAAACCAUUUCAUAAAACCCAAAGAGGAAAAUUUCAACAUGGCAUUGACCACUUUGUUAUUGUCAUCACAUUUUUUGAAUUUGAAUAAAUUACUGCAGCCUAUA